AACCACAGAAAUGGGGGUAGAGCAACCAUGGAACAGGGCGUGGUGUAACCACGGAAAUGGGGGUAGAGCAACCAUGGAAAAGGGCGUGGCGUAACCAUGGAAAUGGGUUUAGUGUAACCAUGGAAAUAGGUGUAGUGUAAUGAUAGAAAGGGGUGUAGUGUAACCAUGGACAUGGGAAUUAGUGUAACCAUAGAAACGGGUGUGGUGUAGCCAUGGAAAUGGGUGUAGUGUAACCAGGGAAACAAGUGUAGCGUAACCAUGGCAGCGGGUGGUGGUGUAGCCGUCACACUCUGAUGGGUUUUUAACUGGCAGCAUCAUCUGUCGCCAGUUCCCUGCACUUGCCCCGUGUGUCGUGGGUAACGCGGCCAUGCGGAGCGGCUUUAAACUGAAACUGGGCGAAUUUGCUCCCGAAUCCCUGCUGGGACUUUUAAUUCGUUCCUCCCUCUCAUUUAUUUUCACUGUCUUCGUUUCAGCUGCUAGCGGCUCCGCUCCCGGCUGCCUGUCUCUGUUUCACAGCAUCAGCGGCUCCAUUGUUGUUGUUCUCUCUCUCGUGGCCUUGUGUCCGUGCUCUGUCUCGCGCGCCGACUCCUUCCGUGUUUUCCUGCUCCUCUCGCGCUGUGACGUGGUGCGCUGACGGCGGGCGCUCGCGCUGGCUGAGCUGCAGGCUUCUCUCUCUCUCUGUCUCUCCCCCUCCCUCUCUCUGUCUCUCUCUCUCUCUCUCUGUCUCUCCCUUUCUCUCCUUCUGCAGCCUCGCGCUCCUCCUCCUCCUCCUCCCUGCGCGCGCUAACACAGCGCAGAGCCCGAGCGGCCUGCGGCUCGAGACGGAGGCCGCGCGCACCCACGCCGAAACACGGGGUUUUAGGGAGGCCAAUGAAGAGUAAGGACGAUGGAUGAAGAUGUGGCGAGACUGGCACUCCGUUCCCAAGAGCCGAAGAUCAUCCUCCAUGGGUCAGAUGAUGGGGGGCUGUGUGGAGAGGAGUACGUGGUGGAGCUGCAGGAGACGGUAUUGGUAUCUGAGGGAGACGGUGAUGGAGAUGGAGACGGAGACGUGGAGGCCGACGCUGUGAGAGGGUUCUCCUCGGAUGAACUCGUUAUCCAGGAUGCCGUGGAGGACGUGGUCGCCGAUGACGACGAGGGUGUUGCCGUGGAGACGUGCGUGAUGUCUCUGGAGGGCGAGGAGGAGGAAGAGGAGGGCGUUGCCAUGGCGGAGAUGACCGAGGACAUGCUGGUGGAGGAGAGAGAGAACGACUCGGACACCUGCGGAGAUUACCUGAUGAUUUCCUUGGACGAGGCGGGGAAGAUGGUUUCUGCUGACGGAGAGGAAGUGACGGUGGAAGGAGCGUUAGGUGAUCAGGAAGUGGAGAAAGACGAGGACGGACAGGAGGUCAUUAAAGUUUACAUCUUCAAAGCCGACUCUGGGGAGGACGACCUCGGUGAGCCGGUGGAUAUAGGUGAAGGUGACUCUGAGACCCUGGCUCUGACGGAGUCGGUGGGCCGGCCGCUGAGGGAGAAAAUGGUGUACAUGUCUGUGGGAGAUGGUCAUCACACUCAGAGUGAUGGAAGUUCUAAGCUCUCUGAUGAGGUGUAUAUGGAGGUGGUGGUCGGUGGGGAGGAGCCGGUUCCUCAUGACCGGCCAUAUGACAGCACCGCACUCAGCAAGGACUUCAUGCCUGUGGCCUGGGCUGCCGCCUACGGAGCAGAUGAUCAUGAGGGCUGUGAGAACAGAAACGGUGCUGCGAGCGCUUUGCUGCACAUAGACGAGUCCGAUGCUCUGGACAAACUGAACCGACAGCAUGGAAAGAACCGGAGACGAGCGGAACCAAGACAGGUGCAGACAGCGAUCAUCAUUGGUCCAUACGGUCAGCCGCUGACCGUCUACCCCUGCAUGCUGUGUGGCAAGAAGUUCAAGUCUCGCGGUUUCCUGAAGCGCCACACCCGAAACCACCACCAGGACGUCCUGACCCGCAAGAAGUAUCAGUGCACGGACUGCGACUUCACCACCAACAAGAAGGCCAGCCUGCACAACCACAUGGAGGUCCAUGCCCUCAGCACCAAGGCGCCGUUCGAGUGUGAGACGUGCGGGAAAGACUUCCACCAGCAGGCGGCGCUCUUUUCCCACCGGCUCCAGCACCACCACCGCGAACAGAAACCUCCGGCGGCCGUCGCCUCUCCGCCGCCCCCUGCCGGCGCCACCACGAAAAUGCACAAGUGCAAGUUUUGCGAGUACGAGACGGCGGAGCAGGGCUUGCUGAACCGCCACCUGCUGGCCGUCCACAGCAAAAGCUUUCCGCACAUUUGCGUGGAGUGCGGGAAGGGUUUCAGGCACCCGUCGGAGCUCAAGAAGCACAUGCGCACGCACACGGGCGAGAAGCCCUACUCGUGCAUGUACUGCGACUACAAGUCAGCCGACUCGUCCAACCUGAAGACGCACGUGAAGACGAAACACAGCCGUGAGCUUCCGUUCCGGUGCGAGCGCUGCGGCCAGACUUUCGGCGAGGAGGACGAGCUAACGCAGCACUCCACCACGCACGAGGAAGGCCGCGGGAACCACCAGUGUGGCCACUGCGAGCACCGCAGCUCCAACUCCAGCGACCUCAAGCGCCACGUCAUCUCCGUACACACUAAAGACUAUCCUCACAAGUGUGCGGUGUGCGGAAAGGGCUUCCAUCGUCCAUCGGAGCUUAAAAAGCACUCUGCGUCCCACAAGGCCAAGAAAAUGCACCAGUGCCGCCACUGCAGCUUUAAAAUCGCGGAUCCGUUCGUGCUCAGCCGCCACAUUCUGUCGGUUCACACUAAAGAACAGCAACAACAGCAGUCACCGCCACAAUCGCCACAGCAACCACAGCCGCCGCCACCGCAACAACAGCAGCAACAGCAGCCUUCAGUACAAACCCCUCCGCCGCCGGUGCCGUCGCAGGAGAAAAGCACGCCUAAGAGGACUAUAGGUGCGGCGCAGCUGGCGCUAGGUGGCGCGGCUAUGAUAAAAAAGGUUGUGGGUGGGAAAGGGCCGCGAGAGCGGCGGGUCUACCAGUGUCAGUACUGUGAUUACAGCACCGGAGAUGCUUCUGGCUUCAAAAGACACGUCAUCUCCAUCCACACCAAGGACUACCCGCACCGCUGCCAGUUCUGCUCCAAGGGCUUCCGGAGGCCCUCCGAGAAGAACCAGCACAUCAUGCGCCACCACAAAGACAUGGUGCCGGCCGAGUGAAGCCGGGCUCUUCAUCACAUUCACCUUCAUCAUCCUCAUGCCCCUCCCACCCCCUCCACCCGGCCGUGCCUCUUAAUUCCUCUCCACUUGCUUCCAUUAUAAUGCUAAAUGGCCAAUGACUCACUAGUGACAUCACUCAACUCGUGGCAAACCUCUGCACAGGGUCGUCCGUUAAAGGCGGUAGUUUUGGCAAAAGUCAGCGCUACAGGGCUAAUGUAACUAGCAAGCAAAGGCCUUAGCAUUACCUGCAUGCCCAGAUCACCUCAAACGGAGCCGUUCAGUAGACUCGCUUUUGUGGUUUCCGUCUAUCUACAAACAUGGAGUAAAGAACAUUAGCAUAGCUAAAAGCAGUAGCAGCUUCCAUUAAUGAUGCUAACUUCCGUUGUUGCUGCUUAGCUACAUUAGCCUCGUAGUUCCACCAGAGCUGGUUAAUGAGGAGCCUGGCCUCUUCCUGUUUCUGCCAUUAUAUCAGAAACAGGGCUGCUGAACUGCAGAGGGUGGUUGGUUAGUGUAGUGGGUAACACCUCUGCCUUCUACACU